UAAGCAAAUUCUGAAAAAAAUAAAAAUAAAAGCAAAAACGAUAGUGCUCUUACUGAAGAAGAGUAGCAUUCCGAUCUUCGCAACUCAAAAUCGCACUCUUGUUCUUUGUUGUUCAAUUUUCAAAUCAUGGGCUCUGUAGCUGAAACAGAGAGAACUUUGUACCCAUAUGUAACUGGAUCCUCUGUGGUGGCCAUCAAAUACAAAGAUGGGAUUCUCAUGGCUGCUGAUAUGGGAGGUUCCUAUGGGUCUACCCUGCGAUACAAGAGUGUUGAGCGUUUGAAGCCUAUUGGGAAACAUUCCCUUCUUGGUGCCAGUGGGGAAAUAAGUGAUUUUCAGGAGAUUCUACGCUACCUCGAUGAGCUUAUUCUUAGUGACAACAUGUGGGAUGACGGGAAUUCUCUAGGGCCUAAGGAGGUGCACAACUAUUUAACUCGAGUGAUGUAUAAUAGGCGUAACAAGUUCAACCCUUUGUGGAACUCUCUCAUACUUGGCGGUGUGAAGAAUGGACAAAAGUACCUUGGCAUGGUUAACAUGAUUGGAGUUAAUUUUGAAGACGAUCAUAUGGCAACUGGGUUGGGAAAUCAUCUUGCUAGGCCUAUUCUCCGUGAUGAGUGGCAUGAAAAUUUGACCUUUGAAGAAGGUGUCAAGUUACUGGAAAAAUGCAUGCGUGUGCUUUUGUAUCGUGAUAGAUCUGCUGUCAACAAGAUACAGAUAUCUAAAAUGACUGAAGAAGGUGCUACUGUUUUCCCGCCGUUCUCACUAAAAACGUACUGGGAGUUCUCUGCUUUCAAGAAUCCAACAGUGGGUGCCGAAGGUUCGUGGUAGCUGGCUGGAUAUUAAAACAAAUGAAACUGGAAUUUUAAAUGGAUAUAUGAAAUGGUUUUCAAUUCCUACAGAUUACUUCAUUGUGUUAAAUGGAUAUGGAAUGAAAUAGCCGAUGGGGGUUUAUAUUUCAUCAAAAUUUAUUAUGUUACUUGACAUAUAUUUCGCAGUAAUGAUAUUUCAACUACUUAGAGAGAAA